AUACGUUGUCUUCAGUGUGCGGAGCAACAUUCGAGGGCAGGUACCGUCGUCCUUUCGGGGUGGAUAAAUUGACCCUCCGGUACACCGUUAGGGUACAAACAGCAUCCGUACGUUGUCGAGAGUGAGUCGAGGGUUGUUUUUGUGCACCGUGAGCACCGGGGUGUGUUGUGCCGGGCAGUGUGUGAUUUUGAUCGACGUAAAUCAGAAGCAAGUGUGCGUUGUGUCGGAAGGUCGAAGUUUCGCGCAUGGUCUAUUGGAACGUCUCCGCUUGGGAAAAAAGACUGCAGCUGGGAAAGGCAGGCAUUUCUAGAACAUCGCUGGAACGGUGCAGUUGUUGUGUGUGCGUGUGCACGAACCGUCCUGUGGUGAAAGUGUUUUUAAUUGUAAGCUUGAAACAGCAGUGUGAUAAACACACGAUUGUGGCAAAAUGUUGCUCAAACAGAUCGGUACCGUGCUGGCACGAGCUGAAUGCCAGCGGCGCCAUCGCUCGUUGGUGCAGUUAAGCCGCCACUUUGCCGCUGUUCCGUUGGCGGAACCGGCUGCACCGUCGCUGAAGACCGAAGUACCUGGACCGAAGUCAAGAGCACUGCUGCAACAGCUGAAUCAACUGCAGAACGCCAACUCGGUGCAGAUGUUUGUGGACUACGACAAAUCGAUCGGCAACUAUCUGCAGGACGUGGAUGGCAAUGUGCUGUUGGAUAUCUACACCCAGAUUUCGUCGGUACCGCUUGGCUACAAUCAUAAGGAGCUGCUGAAUGUGUUCCGAGAUGAUCAUAAUCUGUCGACUCUCAUCAACCGCCCAGCUUUGGGUGUGUUCCCGGGCGAGGAUUGGCCCAACCGCUUGCAGAACGUGCUGAUGUCCGUUGCUCCGGUCGGGCUCGAUCACGUCACGACGAUGAUGUGCGGUUCGUGCUCGAACGAAAACGCGUUCAAAAACAUCUUCAUCUGGUAUCAGAAGAAGCAGCGUGGCGAGGCAACUCCCUUCACCGAGGCGGAGAUACAAUCGUGCAUGAUUAACCAGGUCCCGGGUGCACCGAAGCUAAGCAUCCUGAGCUUCCACGGUGCGUUCCACGGGCGCACGCUCGGCUGCCUUUCGACGACACACUCGAAGUACAUCCACAAGAUCGAUGUGCCGUCGUUCGAUUGGCCAAUCGCGCCGUUCCCCCAGUAUCGCUAUCCGCUCGAGGAAAACGUGCGCGAAAAUGCGCAGGAAGAUGCUCGGUGUUUGGCCGAGGUUGAGCGAUUGAUUGAGCAGUACGGCAAGCGGGGCAUUCCGGUGGCGGGCAUCAUCGUGGAGCCUAUCCAGAGCGAGGGAGGCGAUAAUGAGGCGUCGCCCGAAUUCUUCCAGCAGCUGCAGAAAAUUGCCAAGGCCCGUGGCAGUGCGCUGCUGAUCGAUGAGGUGCAGACGGGCGGUGGACCGACGGGAAAGAUCUGGUGCCACGAGCACUUCAAUCUACCGAGCCCCCCGGAUGUGGUGACGUUCAGCAAGAAGAUGCAGCUCGGUGGCUAUUACCAUGGGUCGCACAUGAAACCGUCCCAGCCGUACCGGGUGUUCAACACGUGGAUGGGCGAUCCGGGCAAGCUGCUGCUGCUCGAGUCGAUUUUGCGCGUGAUCAAGCAGGAAUCGCUGCUGGAGAAUGUGCGCCGGACGGGCGACAAGCUGAAGGAUGGGUUGAUGCAGGCGCAGAAAGACUUCCCGCAUCUGCUGAGUGCGGCCCGUGGGCGGGGAACGUUCCUGGCGAUUAACUGCGCGACGCCCAAGCUGCGGGACGAUAUUGUCGGUGCGCUCAAGCAGAAAGGUGUUCUGUCUGGCGGUUGCGGUGAGCAGAGCAUUCGCUUCCGUCCGGCACUAAUCUUCGGCGAGAAGCAUGUGGACAUCUUUAUGGACAAAUUCCGGCAGGUGCUGAAGGAGGUGAAGUAAAGGGGCAGCUACACACCACCACACAUCACCUUCCUGACCAUGCCAGCUAACUUACUGCACAAAGUAAAAGAGAAACCAGGCAUCUUUGACGGAUGUGAAGAAGUGUUCGCCGUCGCUGGACAGAAAGGCCGAUUGAAUUGUACCGUUUAGUGUUAACCCUUCAAUGCACAGCAGCAACUUGCGCACAAAGAGAACGAUAAUGUUUAAUAGAUUUACCGAAAAGGGUGUAAAGAUGAGUUAGGUUGCCGUGGUCGAGGUGGCGAAGAAAUUCGUCCCUGUGCACCUGCGCACCGAUGGCCCUAAACCCGGAUGGUACGUAUAUUAGUGCUUGUAGCUGCCGGCUGAGAGAUGCCACAUUUUAGAGCUGAGCGUUUUGAGGCAGAUCUCUGACAUUACUACAGACAAAACAAACAUACGAUAUGUAGCAACAGCGCACACCAACACGCUUAGCAUAGCGUGAAUGAUGAGAGAACAUUUGUCUUCCAAUGAGCUAAAAGUGAUUCCACAAUAAUCGGUGUCCAACGGUCGGUAGCGCCAAACUGUCUGCUAGGCAGGGGCCCGAGCCGAUUCCGUUACAAAAUAAAAUAGAUAAAUGUUGUCGCAUACAGUUAACGAGCGGUUA